AUGUGGCUACUUCCGACGUCGCGAGCAAGUUGCGAUGCAGAUAUGAACAGAACCUGGAAGAACAUUCAGGCGCAGCGCAAUCUGACGGACAAGACGGCGCCUCAGUUGGUAGAGCGUGCGGCUGUUAACCUCAAGGUCGCUGGUUCAAAUCCGGCUGGGAGAGCUCCUUUGCACCACGCGCUGUCCAGCCUCAUAUUGAGCAGCAUCUCGUGCACGACGUCGCUUCUACUGUCAUUAGAUGCACCGAUGCUCCGUUAUCGACGCCAUCACCACCGUAUCGGACCGUUCGAAUGCGAUGCACGUUGCGACAUUCUGAUCGAUGGUCGAGUCCCACCCGGUCUUGGUGACAACAUCUUGGUUUUGUUCUUUCUCUGGUGCCAGGUGAGCUACUUUGUCGCUAUUGUCGCCGUUGUCAAAAGACAGGCUAACGAACUCGAGUGUAAGCUCAAGCAAUCGGAUACUGCCUGUGAUGUGGCGUCGGCUGUCAGUGUAAGUGCUGGUCGUAUCCGAUCAUCAUCAGGAAAAUGUCCUGUCAUGUAA